AGCUCCCCUUACCACAUGUGCGAGGCUGAACUGUUGGAUGCUUUCUUAUUGCUCUCCUUGCUUGUUAUUGGUUGCUGCUUGCCCGAACCACCCGGCCCAGGCCCAGCUGCUUUGCUCCUUGCCCACUUGACUGCCGUCGCCUUCCUAACUUUUGCUCAUUCUUAUUGCGGUAACAUAAUGGAUGUGGAUACCACUGGGGCUUCUCUUGAAACUGGAAAACAAGAAGGCUUGGAGUUUGGGGGGGUUGAGGCUUCAAAAAUAAUUGCAAGGAGAGAUCUAAACUAUCUAGAGAAGUAUAAAAUGAAGAUUAAGCGUGUCAGUGAAAAAACAAAUAUUGAUGUAGCAGUGAUUGCUGGUAUAAUAUCUCGAGAAUCACAUGCUGGAACUAUCCUAGAAGAUGGUUGGGGUGACCAUGGAAAUGGAUUUGGAUUAAUGCAGGUGAAUAAAAGAUAUCAUAAAAUAGUUGGCACCUGGGAUAGUGAGGAACACAUUACUCAGGGGGCUCUCAUUCUCUGUAACAUGAUAAAGGAGAUUAAAAAAAAAUUUCCAUCAUGGACAAACGAACAGCAGCUCAAAGGUGGAAUUUCAGCCUACAAUGCAGGACCUAAAAAUGUCCAAAGCUAUGAGCGAAUGGAUAUAGGCACUACGAAGAAUGACUAUGCCAAUGAUGUUGUUGCAAGAGCCAAGUUUUACAAAACAAAUGGAUAUUAAAAAUCUAGAACAAAGAUGCUAUCAUUUCAGUCUUACCCAAAUUUUGUAUGUAACAUUAGCAAGAUCUAUUUGCUGAAUUCUACAAAAAUAAACUUUUGCCAAUUUCUGCAGAAAAUAAAGCUAUAUUGCUAUUUUA